UAAUCUUACAACCAUAUUCAUCUAACAAAUUAAUGAUAAGGUGUAUGAGUGCAUUAGUAUAUAUAUAUACAAGUCAUGUUCAUUUCACUUACUGAGCAAAAAUAUUAAGUUUCUAAACAGUUCCCCCAGUUAAUUCACAAUGUUAGCAUUAUCUCCUCCUGUAUUUCCAACCUUUGGGUGGCCCUUAGAGGACCCCAUAAGCCAUGACCAUAUCUCUUACUUCUCUAGAGAAAUUCAGCCUAUUACUGCCACUACUGCUACAGCUGCUGCUAUUGCUGCUUCUCUUCCAUCUCAUGAUCAGCAAGAAUUAGUUUUAGAGCUUGCUAAUCAACAAUCUACAUCCUUCAGGUCUUAUAACAGUUGUGGUGAUCCUAACAUGGUCAAGAAGCUUAAUCAUAAUGCAAGCGAAAGGGAUCGCCGCAAGAAGAUGAACACUCUCUAUUCUUCCCUCCGAUCACUUCUUCCGGCCUCCGAUCAAAUGAAGAAGCUGAGCAUACCUGCCACAAUUUCCAGGGUGUUGAAGUACAUACCAGAACUACAACAACAAUUGGAGAGAUUCGUCCAAAGGAAAGAAGAACUAUUACUGAGAAUAUCUAAGCAGAAUCAUAUUAUUAAUCCCCAAAUAAACCAAAGAAAAGGCACUACUCACAGCACCUUAUCAGUAGUAUCAGCUAAUCAAAUUAGUGACAAAGAAGUUGUUAUUCAAGUUUCUACUUACAAUAAUACUAUCCAUACAAGUCCAUUAUCAGAAAUCUUGCUUCUUCUGGAGGAGGAAGGCCUUCUUCUGAUUAAUUCUUCCUCCUUUGAGUCCUUUGGAGGCAGGGUCUUCUACAAUUUACAUCUUCAGGUUGAUGGAACUUAUAUAUUGGAGUGUGAUGCUUUAAGCGAGAAGCUUGCAGCUUUAUAUGAGAGAGACGGGUUAUUUCCAUGAAAUUUAUAUUAUUUAACAAUUUAGAUAUUAAUGAAAUGUACAAAAUUUUUAUUAUCAUAUUUCUGUAUUUCUUUUUGGAACAAGGAUGAAUCGUUCACUCAAUUUUCCACA